AUGGCUACCGCUAAUCUCCAUACACUUGAUAGCGACAUACUCUUCGGGCUUUUGGCUACCUCGACGGAUCUCGUCUCCCUGCGAUGCUUGAUACUUAGCCACCGCGCCCUUUACCACGCCUUCAACGACUCCCGUCGCCUAAUCCUGAGGACGGUUUUCAAGACACAGAACAAUGUACACCCCUUACGUAGGCUGAACGAGCGCGACAUCACGGCGGCUGAAAAAUACAUAAAUCGCCUUACGUCAAUCAACGCAAUCGACCGCGUCGCUCUGCGUGAGGCUCUCUGGCCUGCGCUCGAGCGCACCAUACCAGCCAAAACACCCUCGAAAUGGGCCACGACGCUGCUGGCUUGCUACAACAAGGCAGAGCUCAGAGAUGAUGCCCUCUCAUUCGCAAAGCGCACCAUGGGCCUUAUUCUAGCCUCGCCUCAACCUCUCCACACAGAACAUCGCAUCUUCGCGAGAGCUGUCAUCCGGACAUAUAUGGCGGCAAAAAUGCCCGACGAAGCCAUAGAACUGGAGGAGACGAUUCUACGUCAUCUCGCUCCACGUUCGCCUGACCACAGUAUCUGGGCAAAGCAACUCCUCGUCACCUACCAAGAUACCGGACAUGCUGAGAAGAUCCUACCCCUGCAGUUGGCUAGCUGGGAGCUCUACAGACAAUCGGUGGGCUCUGGCAGUGAAGUAGCCUUGGACUGGGCACGCUCAAUCACGCGAGGCUACCAGCUCAAAGGCGAACAUGAAAAGGCCAUUGAAUUCCACCAGACGGUGUGGAAUUGUCUCGAUCCCACAACGCAGCAGUACGUUGCCUGGUCACGGCAACUAAUCCACUGGCUGCAAAAAUCAAACCAGCAUGGCGAAGCCCUCGUAGUCACAGAGCAAGUCUGGCACCAUCUGCAGCCCAACGCACGUGGUUACAGGCCGUGGGCAGCGCAGCUCGCUGACCAAUAUGAAGCAGCCGGUCGCCCUGAGAUGGCGGUUGCUGUGAGUGAAGCUGUCUGGGCGGAAGUCCUUGCGUGUUUGACGCGCUUUCCUAACGACGCUUCCUGGAAGUAUCAGGCUCGGGGGGCGGGGCUUAAGCUCGCUAGAGCGUAUCGGCUGAAUCAACGUGGGGAUGAGGCUACGGCGCUGGAAGCAAAGUGCAGGGAGAUUAGCAUUUAG